GGCAGACGGGCGCGUCGCAGCCCAUCAGCUGAGGGAAACUGCUGGUCCCUGUAUAUCAGAUAAGGAGCAGGUGACUUUGAUACUUUUACCAAAGAGCAGAUAUGAACUGGAAUUCCAGGGUGGUGGCCCAGCCAGCGCAUGCGAAGGUCGGACCACUGGCGUUACUGGCAGCCUGCUGAGUGUAUCAUACUGAGUGUAUCAUACUAUCUUAUCACCAAUUGUGGCCAGCCUCUCGGCAAGUACCCAAUCCCCCCGUAUUCCCCUCGAAGUACCGCCCCGUCCCGCUAUAUUCCCCCAAAAAUACCUCCCCGCACGCAUCCAUCCCUGAUUUCCACCCACCUGUCACACGAGAAAGUGCACUGUACCAGUAUCUUGUAUCGUGUACCAAGGAGGUGGUUAAAUAUCAUGGUGAAGGCGCCAUAUGUAUUCAGAGGAUAGAGCAGUGUAGAAGUAGACCCGUAUUUGACCCACUGCAAAACCUUGUGCCUUGUGUAGAUUGAGACUAUGAUGAUAAAUAGCUGUACUUAAAUAAAUUUUUUCAAUUGAAGGUAAACCUGUACCUUGC